CCACCAGCAGAUGGCGAGUGGGGGAGAGAGAGAGGAGGCGAGAGCCACCGGAUAAAACACGGCUGCAAACCCGGAGCGUGGAAUAAACACAGCUAGAGAGUCGAGUCGAGUGGAGGAACCGGGAGAUCAACCGGAGCUGCUGGGAAUCUGUGUGUGUGUGCGUCAUCCAGUGCGUGUGGAGUGACUGACAACUUGUAAAGGGAUGGCGCUGUGUUGGUUAAUGAUGAGUUUGUUUCUCCAAACUCUCCAGGCUCACAGUGACUUCUUCACAUCAAUUGGUCAGAUGACGGACCUUCUGUACACAGAGAAGGACUUGGUGACGUCGCUGAAAGAUUACAUCAAAGCCGAGGAGAACAAACUGGAACAGGUUAAACAAUGGGCAGAGAGGUUGGACUCUGUGACAUUAUUGGCGAUGGAAGACCCCGAGCGCUUCGUGGGUCACCCGGUCAAUGCCUUCAAGCUAAUGAAGAGGCUGAACUCGGAGUGGGCCAACUUGGAGAGCCUUGUGCUCAGUGACACCACUGACGGGUUCAUCUCUAAUUUGACGGUUCAGAGGCAGUACUUCCCCAAUGAUGAGGAUCAGAAAGGAGCAGCGAAAGCUUUAAUCCGGCUGCAGGACACGUACCAGCUCUCAGCCAACACCAUCUCUGCUGGAGAUCUGCCUGGUGUGGUCCAUAAGAGUCGCAUGACGGUGGAGGACUGUUUUGAGCUGGGGAAGGUGGCGUACUCGGAGGCGGAUUAUUACCACACCGAGCUGUGGAUGGCGCAGGCUCUCAAACAGCUGGACGAAGGAGAGGACUCGUCCGUGGACAAAGUGACCGUCUUGGACUACCUCAGCUAUGCCAUCUACCAGCAGGGAGAGUUAGACCGAGCGCUGGAGCUCACCAAGAGGAUGCUCAAACUGGAUCCCACACACCAGCGUGCCAACGGAAACCUGAAGUAUUUCGAGGUCCAGCUGGAGAAGCAGAGGAAAGCGGAAGCAGCGGCGGAAGGUGAAAAGCAUGAUAAGAGACAAGUGAAUAAACGGGACGUCCAGAUGAAGCUCUCCAAUGACCCGCUGCCCGAGAGGAAGAGAUACGAGCAGCUGUGCAGAGGCGAGGGCGUGAAAAUGACUCAGCGUAGGCGGAGCCGUCUUUUCUGCCGCUACGUCGACGGCAACCGCAAUCCUCGUCUGCUAUUGGCUCCCGUCAAGCAGGAGGAUGAAUGGGACCACCCCCACAUCGUCCGCUACUUCGACAUCAUCUCCGACUACGAGAUCGGAAAGAUCAAAGAGCUCGCCAAGCCCAGGCUCCGGAGGGCCACCAUCUCGAACCCCAUCACGGGCGUGCUCGAGACCGCCUCCUACAGGAUCAGCAAGAGGCGCGCUACAGUGCAUGACCCCGCUACGGGAAAACUCACCACAGCUCAGUACAGAGUCUCCAAAAGCGCCUGGCUAACGGCUUACGAGCACCCCGUGGUCGAGAGGAUCAACCAGCGUAUCGAGGACGUCACGGGCCUGAACAUGCUCACAGCCGAGGAGCUUCAGGUAGCAAACUACGGUGUUGGGGGACAGUAUGAGCCGCAUUUCGACUUUGGAAGGAAAGAUGAGCCGGAUGCAUUUAAAGAACUUGGCACAGGGAACCGAAUCGCCACCUGGCUGUUUUAUAUGAGUGAUGUGGCAGCGGGCGGAGCUACGGUUUUCACAGAUGUUGGAGCUGCAGUUUGGCCCAAAAAGGGAACUGCAGUAUUCUGGUAUAACAUGUUUCCCAGUGGAGAGGGAGACUACAGCACGAGACACGCCGCCUGUCCCGUUCUGGUGGGCAACAAGUGGGUGUCCAACAAAUGGAUCCACGAGCGAGGGCAGGAGUUCAGGCGGCCCUGCAGCCUCAGCGAGACAGAAUGACGAACAGAAAACGUUUCCUCUUCCUCCUCCUCCUCCUCCACUCCUCCAUCCUUCACACCAUCAGUACACUGACAAUCUCCUGUUUGAUUUGCCUUUUUAGUUUUUAGAGCGGCUGUGAGCCUGUGUUUUCAGACACGCACACACACACAUACACACACAGAAAUCUCCAGCUGUACGUGACAACACAUUUAACAGCUUUAAACAGUCGAAACUUUAACCACUGAAGCAGCCAAGCACUCCAAACCUAAAUAAAUAAAUAAAUAAAUAAAUAAAUAAAUAACAAAAACAAAGCCUUUUUUUUUUAUUUAAGAGUUCAUCUCUGAGCAGUGGAGCCGUUUCAUAUCCAGAAAUAAAUCAGGGUUCGAGGUUUCAACCAGACAGACGGAUAUUCUUACAAAACCCAAAAUUCCUGGUGUGACCAAAGUAGUUUUUUUCCCCUUUUUUUCUGUGACUGGGUUUCAAGUUUAUUUAUCUGAAGAGGUUAAAACCUUUAUAUGUGUUUAUUUUUUGUUUUUCCUUUGUGUCUAUGGUUGUUUUUUUGUUUUUUUUAAAUGUCAUGUUUUCUAUGUUAAUAAAGAAUUAUGUGCCUUC